GAAUGUCGUCAGGUUUUGGUUUGGAAGCUCUGGUCAUGAACUAGUCUAGCUCACACACAUAAUCAUAGGCAUGCCCGGGUCCAGCAUUUCGUUCCCUAAUUCUUGCGUGUCUCGCGUGCUUAGUCGCCUUCGCCACCGCCGCUCCUUUUAUGAACAGAGACGGACACAGGAGACUAUGAGGAAAUGGGUACAUCAAGACAUGUCAGUUGUUCUCAACUUCGGUUCAUCAAGUCGUCCCUCCCACCUGCACUCCCCGUGGCCCAACUUGUUUGUUGGUGGCUCGCGGUUAACGGCCUUCCCAUUCGGAUCUGGUUCAGUGUAAAGGGAUUGCAGCACAUAAAUGAGGACAUCGAGACACUGGCCUUGUGGGCCAAGUUGGAGAUACACGCAUGGCUAGCAACCAAGUUGCAGGAAUACGGUGUGGCCGUUCGUAACAACACUUACCACGAUGCCUACAGCGAUGACGGGGGAAGACAGAAUUAACACUAGACACAUCCAAACGUGGACAUUGUCUUCAAUGUCCGAGCAU